AUGGAUGACGAGGAGGUUGCGAUUUUUGCGUAUACUGCUUUGAAAAUUAUUCGCGAAAAAAAACGAUUGCAAAGAAAAUGGUGGGUUCACCCAAUUAAUAGUGAAAGAUUAUUGCAUGGUGAUUUUUACACUCUUUAUAGUAGAUUACGAGCUGAUAAUGUAAGUUUUUUUAAUUAUUUUCGUAUGUCUUUAACGUCAUUUGAUGAAAUUUUUGCCAAAAUUAAACAUAAAAUCAUACGUCAAGAUACGAAUAUGAGAUCUGCGAUACCACCCGAAGAAAUGCUAGCUGUUACACUGAGAUAUUUGGGAAGUACAAACAAUCUUUAUGAUUUACAUUAUGCGUAUAGAAUUGGCCGAUCUACUUUAAGUAACAUAGUACGAAUAGUUUGCCAACAAAUUUGGGAUGUUAUGUCAAGUGAAUGUAUGCCUACACCGAAUGAAGAAGAUUGGAAAAAAAUAGCCGAAGGUUUUCAACAUCGAGCAAAUUUUCCACACUGCCUGGGAGCAGUUGAUGGAAAGCAUAUUCGGAUAACCAAGCCUCCAGGAAGUGCUUCGUUGUACUUUAAUUAUAAACAUUUUUAUUCCAUUGUUUUACUCGCAGUAGCCGAUUCAAAUUACCGUUUUACUUAUAUUCAUGUUGGUUCAUUUGGAAAAGACUCAGAUUCUCCCAUUUUUAAGAAUUCUAGUCUAUGGGAUAAAUUACAAAAUAAUUCAUUAAAUAUUCCAAGCCCAAACUUCAUACCCGGUAUUAAUAUUCUUAUUCCUUACGCAUUUGUAGGUGACGAGGCAUUUGGUUUAUCAACAAACGUACUUAGGCCUUAUGCGGGAAAAUAUUUACAAGAUAUUAAAAGAACUUUUAACUAUAGAUUGUCUCGGGCAAGGCGUUACGUAGAAUGUUCAUUCGGAAUAUUAUCAAAUAAGUGGAGAAUAUUCCAUCGACCAAUUGAUGUUAAUGUGGAGUUUGCAAUUGAUAUUGUAAUAGCAACCAUUACAGAUAAUGGCAGUAAUAUGGUAAAGGCAUUUAAAGUAUUUGGAGUAAAGAUGUCAUAUUUUGGAGAGAUGACACAUAACCACGACACUAAUGAAUAUGACAGUGAUUCUAGUGAUAUAAGUGUUCAAAGUAGAGAAGAUAACGACUCUUUUGAAAAUGAAAAUGAAAAAAUUUUUUCUAGACACAUCCGAUGCUGUGCUCAUACGUUGAGCUUAUGUGCUACCAGUGAUAUAAUGAAAACGAUAAAAAAGUCACCACAUCUCCAAGAAAUACACAAUCAAGUCAUGAAUAAGUGUAAUGUGUUAUGGAAUGCUGCAGGUCGACCAAAAUCAGCAGAAGUAAUAUUUAUUUAUUAA